AUGGCACCAAAGGUCUUUCUUACAGGAACUACAGGCUAUAUAGGUGGCGACGGCCUCUAUCUGAUCUCGCAAAAACACCCAGACUGGGAACUCACCUGCAUGGUUCGGAGCAGCGAAAAAGGCGCCAAAAUUGCUGCUGCCUAUCCAAAAGUGAGAUUAGUCUACGGAGAUCUGGACGCUGUGGACCUGAUAGAAGAGGAGGCUGCCAGCACUGACAUAGUCUAUCAUUUUGCCAAUUGCGACCAUGAGCCAUCGGCGCGUGCCAUUGCCAAAGGUCUUGCUCGGCGAAAUAGCGAGGGUCCUGGUUACUGGAUACACACGUCCGGGACCCUAAUUCUAGGCUGGGAAACAACUGAUCUUGCCGACUUUGGAAACAGGCUCGACAAGGUCUACGACGACUGGGACAAUGUGAACGAAUUGAUGUCUCAUCCCGACCAAGCUGCCCACAGGAACGUCGAUAAAAUUGUCUCGGCAACCUCGUCAGACAAGGUCAAGACGGCGAUUGUAUGCCCUCCAACAAUCUGGGGUCACGGUCGGGGUCCAGACAACACACGUUCCGACCAACUGUACAGGGUGACAGCUAGCUUUCUGAAGCGUGGAAAGGCCUUCAAAGUCGGAAAGGGGGAAAACAUCUGGCAUCAAGUCCAUAUUCACGACUUGUCUAAUCUUUUCCUUCUCAUUGGCGAGGCUGCUGUCAAUGGAGGUUCACCGGCGACCUGGAAUGAUCAGGGCUACUAUUUAGCCGAGAAUGGUCCGUUUGUCUGGGGAGACGUAAUCCAAGAGAUCGCGAAGGUCGCACACAAAGAAGGACUCCUGCCAGAUGCGACUGUGGAGAGCCUGAGUCCUAUGGAAGCCGAAAGAUUUCUACCGCAUGCAAGGUUACUUAUCGGGACCAAUUCAAGGGGAGUAUCCGUUCGAGGAAAGAAACUGCUGGGAUGGAAACCUACGAUGCAUGGAAUUAUAGACGAAAUUCCCAGCUGUGUGGAAGGCGAAGCCCUGCUCCUUGGGCUCAUCAAACGACAUGCCGCAAAAGUCACAGAAUAG